UUCAGUUCUUUUUCUCUCUUUCCAUGCAUCUCUCUCUUGCACUCUUGGUCCACCGCGCUAUUCUCUCUCUCUGUCAUCGUGACGAUGAGUUGGAGCCUCCUCAAAGAGUGUGCCGGCCACUUGACGAAGCGACGCUUUCUAUUCGUGGCACAAUUUCAAGGAUCGAUACAUCGACUGGCGUAGUUUCUGGUGCCUUCAAAUAGCGGUAGUUACCAAGGGACGAGGACCACUUGGCAUUCACGGCCUCCACUUUCCGAAGUGUGGAUGCUAUUUGGGUACUAGUACCUUUAACCGUCUUCUGAUGCGCGGAUGGACAGGCCCUACACGCGGGACAGAAUUCUCGCCGGUCGUUCAUUCCCCCGAUUAUUGAGAGCUGCGAACUUGUUGACUUAUAGGAUGAUCCUGAGAAUGAAGACGCCACAUCUUCGUUUGGCUCCAUAGCGUAUAAGGUAGGUGAGAAACCCUUUUGGAUUCGAUGCAGGGUAGGUAAACAGUCGAAUGUAAUACUGCAAAGAGACAGGAGGGACGAGAUCCCGUCGAUCAAAGACUCGACGAUACCCUCACGGACACAAUGGACUCUUUGAUGGCUUCCUUCCGUGCCAGCAUGCAGUGAAAUCCGGUGAAAUUAGCAGCACGCACUCGAUCCUGCCUUUUUUUUAAGUCAACGUCAGGGGGAAAACUUCCACUGUCUACGAAAAAACGAAGAUUUUUUUUUCUCUGGUACGGAUUCAUCUUUCACCCUAUCAGAUACAAGAUCUCAUUUGCCAUUCGAGAAGUGGCGAAUCGAAAAUGACAAACGUCGCACCUAGAGAAGGUGCAGCGAAAUAUAAGUCCAUUGUCUAUAGACAUUGGCUGACCUUUUAUCCGUUGUAUCGGUCUGCAUCCGUCCUAAGGAACCGCAUCGCGAUAUCCCGAGGGAAGGGGCGUGUGGAAGGGGCGGGAAAUUUUCAGGAAGUAAGGUGGAACGAGGGGCAAGUGAAGAUAGGUGAUAGGUGAUGGAAACUCCGUAGGGACAGUGGCUGGUAACCAGCUAGUACCAACGAACGUUGGGUUCAGCGCAACGUCUAACACGAGUACCCGCUACUACAGGGGGGUUUCUACCCUUCCAAGGCUGUCUCUCUAACAACGUCACUGCUCUUCUGUACCCCCCACCACUUUUCUACCUCCGGCGUACCUCUCCGCCUCCAAUUUCGCAAGUUCUGCAAAAUCUCGGGCAAGAAGUCGAGCGGAGGUCCUCAGUCAGUCGACGUUCGGCAGUCAAUCGUGGCUAAAAACCAUCGGUUCUAGUGGUUCCGUCGAAGCGAAUCUUUCGGCCGCACCGAUUACGUAACUGUCCUUUCUGAACAUCCGGGAUUUUAUCGCAUACUGCGGUUCCCUCAACUACGGAUUUGAAAUGUGUUGAAGACAUGGAGAGCGGUCCAGCUCGGGCUACUCUGAACGGCGUCUGCAGGAUGAGUGCUUCUCUGCCGCUGGUUCUCUUACUUGUCCUCAUCUAUGCAGCCCAAGCUCAGAGUUUGGAGUUCUUUGACCUCUUGCCAGAAGAUCCAAAGUUAUAUGACAAGAUGCGGCCGCCAAAGAAAGACGGACAAGCAACUGUCGUCUAUUUUCACGUAACAGUAAUGGGUCUAGAUUCUAUCGACGAAAAUUCUAUGACAUAUGCGGCAGAUAUAUUUUUUGCCCAGACGUGGAAAGACAAUAGACUGCGACUUCCGGAAAAUAUGACUUCGGAAUAUAGGUUACUAGAAGUCGAUUGGUUGAAGAACAUGUGGAGACCGGAUUCGUUUUUCAAAAAUGCCAAAUCUGUCACCUUCCAAACAAUGACAAUUCCCAAUCACUAUUUGUGGCUUUACAAAGACAAGACUAUUUUAUACAUGGUGAAGUAUGUGCCGAUCGAUUAUUCGAUUAUCAUUAUAUAUUCCCACUACCUGUUUCGAACCGACCUUUUUUAUUCUCUUAUCUCUAAAAACCCCGAAAUAGUGGCAUCACAGCAAACACCAAACAUCAUCAUCAUUCGUUUUAGGUUGACGCUCAAACUUUCCUGCGCCAUGAACUUCUUGAUCUAUCCGCACGACACUCAGGAAUGCAAAUUGCAAAUGGAAAGUUUGUCGCAUACCACGGACGAAAUGAUCUUCCAAUGGGACCCUGACGUACCGCUCGUCGUUGAUGAAAACAUAGAACUGCCCCAACUUCAGCUUGUGAAAAACUACACAGCUGAUUGCACGCAAGUCUAUUCCACUGAUACAGAUUUGAACCAAGCAAUUUCCUUCUCCAGGAAACUUUACAUGCCUGGAGGUUGUCUUCGUACUAAAACGGCGGCUGGGCUACUAUCUCUUCCACACUUACGUUCCUACCUGCCUCAUCGUAAUCAUGUCGUGGGUUUCGUUCUGGAUAAAACCGGAAGCCGCACCGGCGAGAGUCACUCUAGGAGUGACGUCGCUCUUGACGCUUUCGACGCAGCAUGCGAAGAGUCAGGCCUCUUUGCCCCCGGUAUCUUACCUCAAAGCAGUCGACGCCUUUAUGUCUGUCUGCACAAUAUUCGUCUUCAUGGCUUUGAUGGAAUACUGUCUGGUCAACAUCGUCCUCGGAGACAACGACGCUCCUCCAGCCAAACCUCCACCUCCUCCUCCACCACCAAGCUCGGCCAGUGGUCCGGACGCCACGAAGCUCGACAAGAUCUUCGACAUAGCGACCAAGAAGUCAGCCGCAGCGCCACCCCCUGGACCAACGCCGGCACAAAGGGCACGGAUGCGGGCCCUCAACAUCGACAGAGUAUCCAGAGUGUUUUUUCCAUUCCUGUUCGCCGUACUGAACGUCACCUACUGGAUCAUGUUCGCCAAGUACAUCUAACUGCAAGGCGCCUUUGACACGACGCAAAAGCGUUUUACGCAUAUUUGCGGUCGCCAUUGCGUGAACGAAUCCGAAACAAAAUGUGUCCGGUUGAUGUAUCGAUGGGUAUAAAAACCCGCCGCACGCCAGAAAAAAAUCACAAUAAUAUCACAGCUGCUUAAGAUGCCUGAUUUUCCAAUCGCCAAUAGACAUGAGCAGUAAUUAUUUAUACGUGUAACAAGACUAUUUCGCACUGCAGCAACGGCUGACGAGAAUUAGAUCGUUUUCUAGAAUCGCAUACUUUGACAUUGUUUCGUCUGACGUGUUUUUUUUU